CAGAGGUUACCCCAAAAGAUGCUGCUCGUCUCAAAGACAUGCCUUGCGUCAUACGUAAGAUGACACAAGGUGGAAAAUACAAUCUUUAUAUGUUACCUCCUAUCAAGUAUCCAGAUGGUAAAUAUUAUCUGAAGAUUGGACAUGGAGAACAAUUUGAGACAGAAUUCACCACAGAGAAAGAAGUAGCAGACUGGUUCCGCACUGAGGGACUCAAGUCAGCACAUAAACCUCUCUUAGACAUGAUGUUUGAUAUCGUCAAAGGAGUGAGACCUGUGCGCACAUUCGGUGAUGCUUGUGUUACAACGCAUACACCAUCUCAUCUUGUAUACUGUGACAUGGUAACACCGUUGCUGGGAGUAGCGGUUGGUGGAAAUGGGCAUGCAGCUAAAUCUGCUGAUGAGAUUGGAAAGAUGGCUGCCAGAAUGGUGAUUGCUGGGAAAUGGGAUCAUGACUUGCCUGCAGAUAAAUUUACGGUCAAGUUCAAAAAUAAUGCUACUUCUAAACUAUGAGGACCACCUAGACCUAACUUCAACAUCUGAAUUUUUAAAUUAAAAAAAUAAUAAAUUUUACAUG